GUUAUACAUAUGGUUCUGCUAUUUUUGUGUAGCUACGAACCAAUUUCUGGCUGCAAAUGAGGACAACGCAUUAUUGUUCUGUCGCCCAGGUACAACGGAAAACUGCGCUAUUACUUGGGGAUUCAUCGUGAAUGCCUCCCAAUUUUGGGAAGAGGUGGCCCUUAUGCCCAAGAUAAAGGUCCGCGCGUGGCUCAAGUGAUACUCAAGGCGUUGAAACGUUGAAAAGGGGCGCCUGGUCCUUCCCAUUUGCUCGGCGUGCCGCUGAAAGGCUGCGUGUAUCAGACCCUGAUGUCGUGACGUACCAAGUUGUCAACGCUCGUCGGAUUGUAGGAUCAGCGGUCCUGCGCAAUGGUAUGUUGACAUCCCCCGCAUCUUGGGCUGACAAAUUAUGCACAGGACGCACCACCAUUAGCGUCGCAGUGCCUGCGCUGGGUCGUUAAGCCGCGCUGUCUCCAAGUCUGGGCACGUCGACUCUUAAACGGAUCACUCGGGCCUUGCAGCGACUCCCAAGCUCUUGGUCGCAGUUACGAGCAAAGAUCAGCUGCCGCCCUUAAUUGCUCCGCGCUCAAGCAAAUGGUGCCAUACGGGAAGGCGCGGCUCUUUAGAUUCUAUUCAACUGUGAGGUCGCGCGAAUCAUCCAGCAAGGGAUCGAGUCGACAGUCAACAACUCUGGGUCUUCUCGAGCGGCGCGUUAUGGUUGACUACCUGCCCUCCUACGCCGUCCAAUGUACUCUAGCUGUGGCGCUAGUUCUUUGCAUCACUCUCUCGUGGUCUCUCGUUCCCAUUAUCUGGUGGCGACUGAAGUCUCCGCUUCGCAAGCUUCCCGGCCCGCCGAGCGCACAUUGGCUCUACGGAGAUCUCGGCGAAGUUUACGACGCGCACAAAUCCAUGUUUUUGGACCGAUGGGCGGAGACGUACGGCCCUGCGGUUCGCUUUGGCAGCUUUUUGAACUCGCCAACGCUGUUUACUCUGGAUACUCGAGCACUCCAUCAUAUCUUGACACACUGCGAGAUAUACCAGAAGUCGGCGUAUGGCCGACGAAGCCUGUCUAGAAUCCUUGGUGAAGGCCUUCUCGUUGCGGAAGGCGAACGGCACAAGCAGCAGCGAAAGAUUAUGAAUCCCGCCUUCGGCCCUGCGCAAAUUCGGGAGCUUACCCCAAUGCUAAUGCAGAAAGCUAUGGAGCUCCGUCGCGCAUGGGCAUGCGAAGCCAGUGAUCAGUCCCCAGCACGUAUCAACGUUUUGAAGGGGCUUAGCAGGGUAACAUUGGACGCCAUUGGUCUCGCAGGCUUCGACCACAACAUCGGUGCUCUGGGUUCUCAGCAGACCUGCGACAAUGAGCUAGCGAAAGCUUUCGAGGACAUAUUUGACGUACCCAAAAGGAUUCCUGCCCUCGCAGUGCUGCAGACGGCAUUCCCCAUUCUCGAAUGUCUUAGCAACAACAUCAUGCGGCGAUUUGAUCAUGCACAUAGCAUCAUGCGACGCAUCGGUCUGCAACGUAUUGCUGACAAAAAGGCUUCCAUCGCCGCUGAAGUACAUGAGAAGGACUCAGGGGUGUGCGACUCUCCGCGGAACAGGGAUCUCUUGACCUUGCUCCUAAAAGCGAACAUGGCGCCUGACGGUUUGCGACUCUCAGACGAAGAUGUACUAGCUCAGUUCCCUACCUUCUUGGCGACCGGCCAUGAGUCUACAAGUACCGCGACGGCAUGGUGCCUGUUCGCACUCACGCAAUCUCCACGCGUACAGGAAAAGUUGCGCGACGAAGCACUAGCCGUCACGACCGAGAGCCCUACCAUGGACGAACUGGUAGCUUUGCCCUACCUCGACAUGGUCAUACGCGAGACUCUCCGCUUGCAUCCACCCAUUGCUUCCACCAUGCGCGUCGCGACGAAGGACGAUGCCAUACCUGUCAGCGCCCUUUUCACGGACAUCGAUGGCACAGUUCACAGCUCUAUCCGAGUGUCGGAGGGCACCCCGAUCCUCAUCCCAAUCCUGGCCAUCAACACGUCCAGGACGCUCUGGGGCGAAGAUGCCCACGAAUUCAGACCGGAGCGAUGGGAAGACCCGCCGCAGCCGACUGCUAACAUCCCCGGGGUAUGGGCUCACACGCUCUCCUUUUUGGGUGGACCGCGCGCAUGUAUCGGCUACCGCCUGUCGCUCGUCGAGAUGAAGGCGCUCGUAUUCACCCUCGUGCGGGCGUUUGAGUUUUCGCUUGCCGUCGAUCCCUGUCAGGUCACCAAGAUGCCGGGGAUCCUACAACGGCCACUGGUGACGGCUGGGGGAGAUGCAGCGAGCCGGCUGCCGCUUCUCGUCAAGCGAUACACUCGUCGGGAGGCAUGAUAAAUCGUGUUUAAUUCACAAAUGCAUCUCGAACCCGGCGUGUGUACGGACAUACCUAUACGCUGUGAGUUACUCAGCGCUACCAAGGAGACAACGGCAUACCUCUCCCGCCCGUCGUGAGGAUGCGAUAGUCACGAACAUCUAUCUACCCA